CGCCCCCCUGUAACAUGAUCCUCCUCGUUCCCACGCCUCCCCCCUCCGGGGGCCGCCUCGCUCGGCCUGGCCUGGGGGCGGACCGGCGGGUGGGGUGGGGUGGGGGAGCAGCGGCCCCGCAGCCGGGCUCUCUCCCACCCCCAAGCCCUCGUCUAUAAACCCGGCCGGGCCGGCCCCCUUCUGCCGGGCGAGCCGCCAUGGGCUUCCUGCAGCGCUGCGUGGGCCGGAGCUGCCGCCUGUUGCUGCCGUCGGAGCAGCGGGGCGCGGGCAGCCUCGGGGCGUGGGGGGCUCUGCCUUGCGAUCGCCUCCCCGGGGGGCGGCUGUACAGCGCGGGUGUCCCUGGGCUGCAGGAACGCACACUGAUCGCCGUGAAGCCAGAUGGGGUGCAGAGGAGGCUGGUGGGGGAUGUGAUCAGACGCUUUGAAAAACGCGGAUUCAAGCUUGUGGGUCUCAAGUUGCUCCAGGCCAAUGAAGGCAUCCUGGCAGAACACUACCACGAACUGCGCCGAAAGCCGUUCUAUCACGAGCUGAUCAAGUACAUGACUUCGGGGCCUGUGGUUGCCAUGGUCUGGGAAGGCUACAACGUCGUCAAAACCUCCAGGGCUAUGGUGGGCGAGACAAAUCCUGUGGAAGCCAAGGCAGGCACCGUCCGGGGAGACUUCAGCGUCCACGUCAGCAGGAACGUUGUCCACGCCAGCGACUCCCUGGAGACGGCCCAGAGAGAGAUCAGCCUUUGGUUUCGCAGCAAUGAGCUGAUAGACUGGGAUUGUUGUGAUCAGAAAAUCCUGUAUGAACACUGA